GACCCCUAAAAAAAUCAGGUCACCAAAACCAUUCCCGCGAUCCGCGCCCCCCCGCCUUGCUUUCUCUUUUCUCUCCUUCCGCCGCCUACCGCAACCCUCCGCGCUCGGCUCUCCCGCUCCGCCGCUACCUUACUUUCAACAACCCAAGAGACACUCAGUAGAAUCUCACUCUAACAAACCCUAGCCGACGAUGAAGAAUCGAGGAUCGGAAGGUAGGGACAACAUGGAGAGAACUAAGCCCAAUGGUCCAAAAUCGAUCGAUAUGAAGAAGAAAAAGAAGAACAUGCAGAGAUUGGGAGGGGCUGGUCUUUCGCUCGAAGCAUUUGCCAAUGCAAAAUCAACAAACAGUCACUAUAAUCCAGCCUUAAUAAAGAAGCAUAGGGAAUUCUACAAGAAUGCUAAAUAUGUUAGCAAGUACAAGAAGUCUCAAAAGCAACAAAAUCAGCAGGGUGUUAUUCCCUCCGCCAAAACAACCCAAGAGGAUGAUAAUGAAGAGAAACAUUGCAGUAAGUUGGAUAAAAGGAACAAGAAAAAGAAGAAAGGUUCACAUGGUUUGAAGGAAUUGUAUGAGAAGCAGCAGGAAGAGAAAGAGAAGGCAAGGCUUGAGAGGGAGGCAAUCAUUCAAGCAAAGAAGGAAGAAAGAGCAAGAGCUGAAGCUCAAAGGAAAGCAGCAAGGGAGAACAUGUUAAAAAGAACACGGCAUGGUCAACCAGUAAUGAAAUACAGAAUCGAGCACCUCUUGCAGAGCAUACAAAGUUCCAGCGGCAGCUCUGUUAACAAAAAUACCUAAGUUACAGGCGUUGUAUGCUAUUGUACUGAUAUGGUGUCAAAUGAUAGCUAAGUCAGCCAACAAAACCUCCAAAUUUGAGUAUUUCUGAGUGUUGCAAUGGCAUCAACACUAGCUAAAUGGAGCCUGACAAGUUUGUCCUUCUCUUAUAGAAACUUACAAGGUUAGCAGCCCAUUGUCUGCAUUAUUUACGCUGUUCUGUUACUUUGAAGUUGUAAUUUGAUACUUUUAACUGCCUUUUGUCUGUCAUAAGGCUUUGGUUAUUAAUUGCAACUGGUUAAUGCUCCACUCGCAUUGGCUUGUAUGUUAUGUCAUGUUUAGGAAUUAAUAUUUGUACAAAUCUUGAAUUCAUCCUCUGUAGGCUGCUGGAGUGCAUCCAAAGAGUAGUUUAUUGUCAAUUUUCAUUCUGAUCAUCAACAAUACAAGCAGGAAUCCCUGUGACAAUUGCUUCCUGAAAAAACCUAUCCAACCUUCUUUGUUAAACAUAGGGCUGGGCAUGGUAUGGUACUCAAAUGAUGGUAACCGUUUUAAGUAGUUAUGAAAAAGAGUUACCACUUCCAUACCAAUUGAUGAUUUUUUGGUAAUGGUUGCCAACUAUUUUUAAUGGUAAUGAAACUUGUUUUACCAAUACCAUACCAUAUUACCAUUUUUAAACUUAUUUUUUUCAUUAUCAAUUAAUU